AUGCUGUCUGAUAUCCUUGAUUUGGCUCCAGGAGCUGGUUAUCAUCUUCUGUCUAUUGCUGCUACCCUGCUUGUCAUCUCAAUCGCGACCGUGGUGAUCUAUCGUCUAUAUUUUAGCCCUCUGGCAAACAUCCCGGGGCCCAAGAUAGCCGCGGCUACAUCACUGUUCCAUUUCUAUCACGACGUGAUUCGCGAUGGCCAAUACAUCUGGGUGGUGCGACAGAUGCACGAGAAAUACGGCCCUGUGGUUCGCAUCCGUCCCGAUGCCAUCCAUGUCAAUGACCCUCAUGCCAUUGAUGCCGUCUUUGGGACGGUAGGGUCGCGUCGCAACAAGGCCAAGGGGACGUUGAACGGCUACAUGGCUUAUGGGUCCGUGCUAGGGACCGAAGGACAUGAUCUUCAUCGUCGACGACGAGCAGCUCUCAGUCCCUUCUUCAGUAAGCAGUCCGUGCGAAAGCUCGAAGGUGCUUUGCUGGAGAUCAUGGCCAAGGUUUCCCGGCGACUCCAUGAACGGGCCGAACAAGGGGGGGUAGUCAAUAUGAACGUCCUGUAUGCAUCCAUGACCAGCGAUAUCGUCACUGGGUACGCCCUGGGCGAAAGCUGGGGUUAUCUGGAUAUGUCCGACUUGAAUGAGCGAGCCUACCGGGUCAUCUCGGCCAGUUGCAGCACCUUCCACUUGAACACCUUCUUCCCGGUCCUGGGGGUGAUUGUGCGGCGAUUUCCACGCAGUGUCAUCAUGCGUCUGAUUGACAUUAGCUUCUUUGAGAAGAUGGUCGCGAAUGUGUCCCAGCGUCUGGAGACGAUUCGACGCUCCAUUGUGGAACAGGGAUCGGGAUCUGCUGCGGAUGUCUCCGACAACAUCUUCUACAAAAUGAUCACCUCUGAUCAGCUUCCGGUAGCGGAGAAGGCGACGAGGCGGUUGAUUGAUGAAGCACGGAUUGUUAUUGCUGCUGGGACAGAUACCACCGCGCAAGCCCUCAGGGGAAUUACAUAUGAGCUUCUUGCCAACCCGGCAGUUCUGGCCAAGCUGAAGAAGGAACUCGAGGAUGCUAUUCCAACAUCCGAUGAGAAGCUUCCACGUGUAGCGGACCUGGAGGAACUGCCGUAUCUUUCUGCAGUCAUCGAAGAGGGCCUUCGUCUGUAUGCGGGUUUCUCUUAUCGGCAGGAACGCGUGUCCCCGGAUGAGGAUACAGUUAUUCAUACCACCCUGGAUGGAAAGCCUGUAUCCUAUAUUAUCCCUGCUGGCAUCUCCAUGUCGAUGACCGCCCCCCUUCUGCAUCGACACGAAGCUCUCUACGGCCCCAACCCUAAUGUCUUCGAUCCAGAGCGGUACUUGAACAACAAGCAGCUGAGUAAAUACCUGAUCACCUUUUCCCGUGGACCCAGACAGUGUGUCGGAAUCAAUCUCGCCUAUGCCGAGAUGUACCUUGCCUUGUGGACAAUCUUCCGUCAAUUCGACGUGUAUGAUGGGAUAGGAAUUCAGAACGUCCCGACAAUGGAACUCUACGAGACCAGUCGGGACGACGUGGCCAUGGUGCGAGACCGGGUUGCUCCAUUUGUCAAGACGGGGAGUUUGGGCGUGAGAGCCAGACUGAGGCUUCCUGGUCAUGAGUAG